UAGCUGCUCUGCACCGCGUGGUGUUGUUUAGCAGCGUAUUUUGUUUAUUUUCGUUUAAUUUACGCGGAAAAUAAACAAUUAAUAAUUCAAAAUGAGUUUGUAUAAUUUUAAAAAGAUUAUGGUGGUUCCACCAGCCAAAGAUUUCAUAGAUAUUAUGCUAUCAAAGACACAACGUAAAACACCAACAGUUGUGCAUAAAGGAUAUAAAAUCUCACGUAUACGCACAUUCUACACACGUAAAGUGAAGUAUACACAACAGAACUUCCACGAUCGUCUAUCACAGAUUAUACAAGACUUUCCAAAAUUAGAUGAUGUACAUCCAUUCUAUGCUGAUUUAAUGAACGUACUGUAUGAUAAAGAUCAUUACAAGUUGGCUUUGGGUCAGCUAAACACAGCAAGACAUUUAGUUGAUAAUGUCGCAAAAGACUAUGUACGUUUAUUGAAAUAUGGUGAUUCACUUUAUCGUUGUAAGCAAUUGAAAAAAGCUGCUUUAGGUCGCAUGGCUACUAUCAUGAAACGACAAGCAUCUAAUCUUACAUAUUUGGAGCAAGUGCGUCAGCAUUUAUCACGUUUGCCUACUAUAGAUCCCUAUUCACGCACAAUUAUUAUUUGCGGUUUUCCAAAUGUUGGCAAAUCUUCAUUUAUCAAUAAAAUCACUAGAGCAGAUGUAGAAGUACAGCCUUAUGCAUUCACUACAAAGUCACUGUAUGUUGGACAUACUGAUUACAAAUACCUUAGAUGGCAGGUUAUUGAUACUCCUGGUAUUUUGGAUCAUCCGCUGGAGGAGCGCAAUGUUAUUGAAAUGCAAGCCAUCACUGCCCUGGCCCAUUUACGUUCUUGCGUUUUAUAUUUCAUGGAUAUAUCUGAACAAUGCGGACAUUCGUUAGAAGAACAAGUAAAAUUGUUCGAAAGUAUUAAACCACUUUUUACCAACAAACCUUUAAUUGUUGCCAUCAAUAAGAUUGACAUACUUUCGUUGGAUGAUUUAUCAGAAGAGCGUAAAGCUGUUAUUACAAAAUUGCAAGAAGAUACUAGCAUUCCUGUUAUGUUCAUGUCCACUGUAAACGAAACUGGUGUAAUGGAGGUUAAAGUGGAAGCUUGUGAACGUCUGUUAUCUUUCCGUGUUGAUCAGAAAAUGCGCACUAAGAAAGUUGAUAAUAUACUCAAUAGAUUACACGUUGCUGUACCCGCGCCAAGAGAUGAAAAAGUGCGUGCACCUUGCAUACCAGAACAAGCACUUGCACGUCUUGAAAAGAAUGCCGCUAAAGCAGAACGUAAACGCAAACUUGAAAAAGAUAUUGAAGAAGAAAUGGGUGAUGAUUACAUACUGGAUCUUAAGAAAAAUUAUGCCGAUAUACCAGAAGAAGAACGAUAUGAUGUCAUUCCAGAAUUCUGGGAGGGACACAAUGUUGCUGAUUAUAUUGAUGAAGACAUAUUUGCAAAACUUGAAGAACUUGAACGUGAAGAAGGUUUACGUGUUGAGGGUGGUGUCUAUGAAGUACCUGAUAUGAGUAUGGAUGAAACACUUAAAGAGAUCCGUGAAAUGGCUAAGCAGAUACGUGGUAAGAGAUUCCAUUUGCGUGAUGACAAACGUCUUUCGUCAAAGAAGAACAAACCAGUUAUGCCCAGAAACAAACAAGCCAAAGUACGUGAUCGUUCAGUGUCUAAAUUGCGAGAGACCAUGCAAAAUCUUGGUGUCGAUAUGUCAGGUACAGAAAAUGCUAACUUUACUAAAUCAGUUGUGGAUAUUAGACGCGGUCUUGUGCCUGUUGGUAGCAAAAAACUAUUCAAGAGCCCGUUGCCGGAUAAAGAAACAUCAGCUAUUGUUAAAAAGACUGGUUUGCCACUUAAACGUGCACCGUCACGUGAUAAUAUGGGUGUUAAGAAUACUGCUAUGAAGAAGAAAUUACAAGUUAUGGCUAAACGUGAUAUAGCAAAGAAAGUUACGCGACUGGGUCUUAAAGGUGAAGCUGAUCGUUUUAUUGGCACGAAAAUGCCAAAGCAUUUGUUCUCAGGAAAACGUGGUAUUGGCAAAACAGACAGACGUUAAAAUUUUUUAUUUGGUUAUUUUGAAAGAGUAAUAACAGAAGCGAGAUGUGUCAUCAUUUGAACUAAUAUUAUAUAUAUGUAAAAUGUAUAAAUUGUUUGAAUGUUGUAUUUAUUUAAAUAUCAAACUGGAUUUUUAAAUAUAAAUAUAUUAAAUAUUUUCUUU